AUGACCGCGGAAGCUUCGACUCGCGAGCUCGAGGCUCUGGUUGAGUCCUUGGAAGAGCAAGUAGCAGCUUUACAAGACGAGAAGAAGGAACUAGUGGAGGCUGCAGAGACGUUAACGGCUCAGAACCGCUCUGCCAGUAUCCAGGAGCAGCAACAGCAAGCAGCGCAGCAAGAAGAGGUCGCUGCGUUACAGAGCCAACUGGCGAGUGUACGUAGCGACUUUGAGCGGUACCGUGUGCGCUCACACACUGCGUUGAAGAAGAUGGAGAAGCGAGCAGAACUGCUGAAUGGAAUGCGCAAGGAGAACGAGGCCUUGUUGAAGCAAGUUCGAGAGAGCGACGAGCAGCGAGAGCUAGCAGAAGCUGCGCGUCAAGACAGCGAGGCUCGGCUGGAGGAGGUGCAGCGGACACAGGAGAUGAUGCAGGCGGACUUUGACCACUUGGCGAUGGAGAAAGCGCACGUUAUCGCCGAGUUGGAGGAGGAAACGCAGCGGUUAGUGUCGGAGCAAGAGCAGACGGAAGCGCAAAUUGCGGAGUUCACUCUUAAGAUCCAGGAGCUGGAGAGGGAGAAGCAGCAGAUCGAGGAGGAGAGUGAGCGCGUCAAGGAGGCAGAGCAGACGGCGUUCCAAGCGCGUCUUAGCACUGCCACAGCUGCAGUGCAGACGGCCAAACAAGACCUGCAGAAGGUGCACGAGGCGUUGGAAGCGAGUAAAGCGGAAAACGACAAGCGCCAGAGCCGGAUCGAGUCGCUGGAGCGGAAGCUGACGGAGCAAUCCCAGACGCAGACGACCAGCGCGCGUGAUGUUCCCCCCGUCCCCGUGCCACAGCUCGCGCUACCUACAGCUGGACUCGAGAAGGAGUUGGCGACGUUGAGAGCAUCCGAGACGACACUGAGGAAGCAGCUCGAUGACGCCGGUGCAGAGCUGAUUGGGCUGCAAGAGCGCUUUGCCACGACCAAAGCAGCCAACGCGGAGAAGGUCUUUGCGCUGGAGGAAGAGAGCAACCAUUGGAAGAUGGAACUGGCCGCUGCAACGGAAGAAAUUCGUUACGACGUUCGUCGACUUCCAACCGAGUUACAAGACGCCAACACGGAGAUCUCGUUGCUGUCGAGAGCUCUGGAUGCCUGUCGGGAAGAGCUACAAGCUGCACGUGACCAAAUCGAUAUCCUUGCCCCGUCGUCCGAGCCAGAGAGCGGUGAGGAUUCAACUGCAGCCUCCAAGACCUCAGCAGUGCUACUAGCCAAGGAUGAAGCGCUGAAGAAGCUGCGAGUGCAGGUUCUGGAGCUGCAGGAAGAGCUGCAGACACUUGGAGAGGAGAAGAAAGCGCUGGAACUUGAGGCCGAGAAAGACGAACUCGAUGAACUGCAAGCGACACGCAAACACUUGCAGUCCGAGAAGGAGCGAGCGAUGCAGCUGCAAAGACGACAAACGCUGGUGUCCAGCUUCGAGAAGCAAGUGGCGAGCAUCGUGGACGAGCUGCAGAAGCGACUGGAGGAGCAUUCAAGCGCCUUCCGUGACGUCUGUGACUUCCGAGACGACCAUCGUGCUGUUCUGUUUUCUACCGACGAUACUGGAGCAAGUCCGAAGGAGGAAGUGGAGUUCGACGAGUGUCUGGUGAUGCGAAGUGGCGUGGUGAUCAAGGCAGGCGCGAGCUUCCAGCUGCCAGUGAUCUGUGAGAAGAGCGGGUGGCGCGUGGUCUGGAGCUUCUCCGUGAAGGAGGACGCUGCUGAUGUCUCGUUCAAGCUGACAGAAACGUCCAGUGGAGCGGAGGUCGUGUCGCCCGAGCGGAUGAACGAGAUGUCGGGCGUGUUCCACGUGCGACAGGACAACGCGACGUUGGUGUUUGAGUGGGAUAACGCCUUCUCGUGGCUGAAUGAGAAGACAUUGGACUACCACGUUUCUAUCCAGGAGCCUCUGACUCCACAGGCGAAGGAGGUUCGACGUAGCGAGCGAGAACUGCAACGUAGGGCGAAGCUGCUGGAAGAAGGACUGGCUCGGAUCCAGACUGAGGCGCAGCGUCGCUCAGAGCUGUCGGCCACGCUGCAGCGACUCAGCGAAUGGGAAGCUAAGAAGGAGAAGCACUUGGCGGAGCUUGGAGCUCGCAAGGCCGAGGUGAUGGAGCACAAGACGCGCUUCCAAGAAGAGAUGGAUGCCCAGAAAGCGGCCUUUGCAGCCAUGUUGAGGGAGCAGGACGAGCUGGAGGAUGUGGAGCGGAGUAUUACUCGGGCGUGGGGGGCUGCGAUGGCUGAGCGAGAAGACGUCGAGAUGACGUUGCAGCUGGCUGGGAAUGGGGCGCAGCUGGAGACCAGCUGGAGAAUCCCAAGUCUGUAG